GGAAGAGAGAGAGAGAGAAGAUUUGAGCUUUGAAUACUUCUCCCUCCUUCUCUUCCAAGCGGCGCCUACACUACCCGCCUUUCUCUUUCUCUCUUCUGUACAAUGCUGAAGGUUACGAUAUUCAAUUGCACUUUGCCGUUUGAAGGCCUCAAUUGCGUUUGAAACUCUCGUUUAUUACUUCUGUUUUUCAAUUUUGAUCCGGCAACAACCCAUCUCGUUUCAAUCAGACUUCCGCGUCUGAUCUCCCACCAGAAAUGGCUGCUUAUAGGGCCGACGAUGAUUACGAUUACUUGUUUAAGGUGGUGCUGAUCGGUGACUCGGGUGUUGGAAAGUCCAAUCUCUUGUCUAGAUUCACCAAGAACGAAUUCAGCUUGGAAUCCAAAUCCACCAUUGGGGUUGAAUUCGCUACCCGCAGCGUUCAUGUCGAUGAUAAGAUUGUAAAGGCGCAAAUUUGGGACACAGCUGGCCAAGAAAGAUACCGAGCAAUAACAAGUGCAUACUAUCGAGGAGCAGUGGGUGCCUUGCUUGUUUAUGAUGUUACCAGACACAUAACUUUUGAUAACGUGGAGAGAUGGUUGAAGGAGCUUCGGGAUCACACAGAUGCCAACAUUGUGAUUAUGCUUGUGGGAAAUAAGGCAGAUCUCCGUCACCUGCGUGCUGUGUCAGCUGAUGAUGCCCAGGCGUUUGCUGAGAGAGAAAACACGUUCUUCAUGGAAACCUCUGCCGCUGAGUCCUUGAACGUGGACGAUGCUUUCACAGAAGUGCUCACUCAGAUAUAUCAUGUUGUUAGCAAGAAGACUCUUGAGAUUGGGGAUGAUCCUUCAGCAUUACCCAAGGGACAGACCAUUAAUGUUGGAAGUAGGGACGAUGUCUCGGCUGUUAAGAGUGCUGGAUGCUGCUCGGCUUAGUUUAGAGAUGGAAAACCAAAGGAUUUGAUUUCACAGCCGUCGGUGUCUGUUCCAUCUGAACUAAUAAUCACCAAUAUGGGAUGUGUUAAUAUUUAUAUUUUUUUCCCUCCCCUCUGAGCAUUGUUUGAUGAUGAUACAUAGGAAUGUUGUUCUUUGGAAGAUUAUACCAAAAUUUAUACGAAAUGAAAACUUCCAUGCUUGAAGACAGACAGCUUCAUGUUAAACUU